AUGGACAAACAUGGGGACCCCUGUUUGCUGUUUGCAUUCCCCCUCUCGUGUUUAGUACAAUUGAAGGAAAAAAAUACCCCGAAUCGCUGGGGACUAGUGCAAGGAGUAUGUCGCACGCUUCUCGACGACAAGACAAGUGAGGUCUUUCAGGAGGCUUGCUCCAUCUUUUUUCUCCAUUGCCACAAUAAACCAUACUGCCUCUUCCACCCCGGCACAUUCCAGCAAAAAUUGCAGUCCCACAAACUCCCCGACCACUUGCGUCUCGCCAUCAUUGCAUCGGCGGUGCGCUAUUCAUCUCGUUCUCAAUGGAGGGACAGAAAGCAAAAGACCAUUGACAGCUAUGCGGCAUGUUCUUGGGAGCUGGUCAUGUCCCUGGCUGGACUCGGCCAGGACGACAUCUCGGUAAUCCAGACACUCACAUUGCUAGCAAUCAUUGAUGCUACUGCGGGCCGACAACGAGCCGCGUGGGUGAAGGUCGGAAUGGCUGUGCGCAUCAGUCAAGAUCUACGAAUGAUGCUGGAGCCGGACAGCCGUCUUCCCUACGCUGAACGAGAUGAACGUCGAAACCUCUUCUGGUCGGUAUAUCUCCUGGACAGGUUCAUCUGCUGCUCGUUUCAUCGGCCUCCUGCAAUCAACGAUGCCGACUGCCUCCUAAAUCUGCCAACCCAUCACCACCCACUUACGUUAAAAGGCUUGCUUAGUGAGCAACUCGAAGACCCAACCCUCCAACCAGGCGUAUUUGCUACCACAGUAGCAUUCUCCUCUGUGCUUGGGGAGAUUGCCAGGUACAUGAUGAGGGAGGACUCGUUGGGGCUGUUCGACCCCCAGUAUACGGCAUUUCAGUACAAAUUAGAGCGCCUCAAUGAAAUGACCGAGAGAAACGCUGGGUCCGACUUACACAGCAUGGCAAGCACUCACCUUGUACUCUCGAGAUGUCUAUACCAUCUUUCGUUCUGCAUCCUCAAGCACCCCUUUCUCCUGGGAAGUCUAACCUCUAGAAUGAACCACGAGGAAUCGACAAAAUGGAUGCGGGAUGCACGGCAUACCUGCUUUGCACACGCAUGCUCUCUGGCCCAGGUGUUAAUUGAUGCGCAGGCAGCUGGAUCUAUGCCCGUCCCAUCAUUUUACAGUUACAGCAUUUUGGUGGCUGAGACAGUUCAUGCAUUGCACCUCUACGGCAAUGAUCCAUCAGCAAGCCAACAGUCCUUGAGAUACCUCGACAACGCUUUUCAAUACCUGGACCGCAUCUCGGAAUUCUGGGACCAGGCCAAUAUGAUAGCAACCGUGUUACGAUUCUUCCGCAACCGCUGUCCACGAUACAGCAAUAUUUUCCUUCGGGAGAACCCCCCAAUGGAAGACCUAACGCCUACGGAUCUGACGGUCCUCAGGGCUAUCGUCGAUUACUGGGUUAUGAUGGAUCCCAAUAACCCAAUCGCUGAGUUAACAUCUGUGAAUAUUGAUUGUUUCCCGCAAUUUUCUCCGGCUGGUCAGGAGCCACGCGAAGAAACAGAGUCCGUCAGACUUCAUCCUGACAUGCCACGUCGUACGAAUGAGAACAUGGAGGGAGAGUUUGUGGAUCCUCAACUUCUGGAGACCUUGUCCAUCCAACCAUCCCCAGACGCCAAAGGUGAUCCCCUGUGGGAUUGGGAUGAUGACUCGAUACCGAAGGCUUGA